AUGACAGGAAAGAGCGAGUCUUACAGCUUCAAUGCUGAUAUUCAGCAACUGAUGUCGUUGAUUAUCAACGCAUUUUACAGCAACAAAGAGAUCUUCUUGAGAGAGUUGGUCUCUAACGCUAGCGAUGCGUUGGACAAGAUCAGGUACAAAUCUCUUACUGAUGAAUCUGUAUUGAAUGAUGAGCCCAACCUUGAGAUUCGUAUCUCUUCUGAUUCCGAAAAAAAGCUUUUGUUUAUUGAGGAUACAGGUAUUGGCAUGACCAAGGAUGAGCUCAUCAAAAACCUAGGUACCAUCGCGAGAAGUGGAACCAAAGCUUUUAUGGAGGCGCUCGAAUCGAGUGGUGACAUUUCAAUGAUUGGUCAGUUUGGUGUCGGAUUUUACUCUGCUUUUUUGGUGGCGGACAGAGUUGUUGUUGUCACCAAGCAUCCUGAUGACAAGCAAUGCAUUUGGGAGUCUAGUGCUGAUGGUAGUUUUUCUGUAACAGAGUGGGAACCAUCCAUGCCGUACGACGUCAUCAAGCGGGGCACUCGGCUAAUUCUCCAUCUUAAGGAGGACCAGGUUGAGUACACUCAAGAACAGGUUCUUAAGGAUUUGAUAAAAAAACACUCCGGGUAUCUUAGUUUUCCCAUAAAGCUAGCUUGCAAAAAAACAAAGUCGAUUGAAGUGGAGCUCGAAGGGGAGGAGCUGGAAGCUGCGAAAAAGGAGAUUGAGGACAAGAAAGCGUCGGGUGAGGAGGUUGAGGUUCCUGAGAAAUUCACGAAGAACGUAGAGGAGCAAUCUGUUGAAUUCGAUGUUGUGAAUACCACUCGUCCUCUUAUUUCUCGCAAGCCGGAAGAAAUCACAAGUGACGAGUAUGCUGAUUUCUACAAGAGCAUUUCGAAUGAUUGGGAGAAACACUUGUCCGUUAUUGACUUCAAUGUUGAAGGUUCUCUAGAGUUCCGCGCGAUUCUUUAUAUUCCCCGACGUGCUCCCUUCGAUCUUUUCGACACGAAAAAGAAACGCUGCAACAUUAAACUGUUUGUUCGAAAAGUCUUCAUUACCGACGAUUGUGAAGAUUUGAUUCCCGAAUACCUCUCUUUCGUUAAGGGUAUCGUUAACUCAGAAGAUCUUCCGCUCAACAUCUCUCGAGAGCAGCUUCAGGCUAAACGUAUUUUGAGCGUAAUUAAGAAGAACCUAGUCAAGAAAUGCAUUGAAGAAUUUGAGCGUUUGGCUGACGUCAAAGAGGACUUUAAAAUCUUUUACGAGCAGUUCUCUAAGAACAUUAAGCUUGGUGUGCACGAAGACAAUGCGAAUCGCAAAAAAGUAAGUUGCGUCGGUCAGCAGAGACUUCAAUCGGAGUUUUGCCUAAUCCCUGCUUAA